CCUCUGCGCUCUUUCCCGACAAAUAUCUAGCCAUUAAAAUAGGAAAUGCCUUCUUUAUAGAGAUCCACAAAACCGCCUCUCCCUCUGUAACAACGAACCGAUCUCUCUUCUCUCGUCUUUCUCAAUGACUUCUCCAUCUCCAGCUUCGUACGGUUCCUUCCCACCCACCGCGCCCUCGUCCACCUUCCUCACACGCGCCAUCAAUACGACAUAUACGACAUCCACCAUCUUCGCCACUCGCCGCCCAUGGCGCGAAUUAAUUGAAUUCUCCUCCUUCGCGCGCCCACUGUCCCUCGGCGAUACCACAAUCCGCAUAAAACGGAACCUCUCCUACUUUCGCGUUAAUUACACAAUGAUAAUCCUCUCUAUCCUCUUCUUAAGCCUCUUAUGGCACCCUCUCUCAAUGAUUGUCUUCUUAAUCGUCUUCGUCGCCUGGUUUUUCCUUUACUUCUUUCGUGACCAGCCAUUGGUGAUUUUCCACCGCACGAUUGAUGAUCGUGUGGUGCUUGGUUUGCUCGGUGUCGCUACUGUUGUUGCUUUGAUUUUCACACACGUGUGGUUAAAUGUCUUGGUUUCGCUUUUGAUUGGAGCUGCUAUUGUUGUCUUGCACGCUGCGUUUAGAAGAACUGAUGAUUUGUAUUCGGAUGAGCAAGAUGUGGCUGAUGGAAGUUUGCUUUCUGUUGUGGGGAGUCCCACGAGAGCUGGCCACACUCGCUUUUAAAAGAACUUGCAAGUGAAAAUUGACAAAGGAAAGUUAGCAAUAUUGCUGCCACUGGCCAUGCAAAGUUAGUGGCUUUCCCGUUGUCACAAUCCAUGUUUUUGUGACUUUAAAAGCUUCUUUCACCAUGGGUCUCCCUUUGCCCGCUAGUUUUUUGGAAGAGUUCUUGGUUCCUGGCUUGUUUUGUGCCUGAUUGGAGGAGUGGUUCCGGAAGUGAUCUCUUUUUUUGUUUUUUGAUGGGUCUAUGGAAUGUGUAAGAUUAUUCAUUCAGUGGCGAUCUCUUUUAAGUACUGUGACCGUAAUAUCUGCUUAUGCUUAUGGUCUUCUCACGAAUUCUCUCAUGCAUUUUCAGUUCAUGUUGUGAUGCCUUGGUAGCGUUCAUUCGAGGAAUGUGAUGAAUUAGUGAUUUAUUUUUCCAA